AGCCGUUUGGGCACAGGUGCCGUGGAGCCUUGGUCGGGUUGAGGUCCAAGGUUCCAGGCAGGAGCGAUGGCCGUGGACGAGGAAGAUUGGCAAUGUCUGAUCUGCCGGGACACCCAGUUCGCUAGGAACGAAAAGUGUCGCAAGUGUGGCGCCGCCAAGCCGAGCAACAAUGCCUCGAUCACAGCUUUGCAAAAUGCGCUCUUGACGUCCAGCAGGGGUGGAGGGGGCGCCAGUUCCCUCGCUCUGGGAAACAGCUCGCAGCCGACCAAUUCUGAUUGGUGUUGCCCCAAGUGCCGAGACAUGAAUUUCGGAAGCCGCAGCAGUUGCAGAUCAUGCGGCACGUCGAGGCCCGUUGACCCGAUGCAGGCGCUCCACAGGGCAGUUAACGCACAGAACACCCAGAACCAAGCGCAGCUGAAGGGUGUAGGCUCAGGUGUGCCCGGCAUGGGGCACGCGUCUGGUGCCGUUGGUUUUCUCCCUGCUGGUGCAAACCCAGUUUCAUCUUGGCAGACGAUGUGGAGUGGUGAGACUCCAAACGGCAUGCUCGUUGGAGAGCAGUUGCCGGACUGGAUGAAGGCUAAACCAGAUGACAGCAAGGACGAAACAUCAGGGAGUGAGUCCGAUUCUUCAGGUUCAUCUUCAUCGACAAGUUCUGGAUCUGGCGGCGGCUCGGACGUUGAGACCGACGCGGACCAGGGCAGCAAGGCCGAAGGCAAAGAGAAGAGGGGCGAGGGUGGCAAGGACAAGAAAAAGAAGGAACCAAGGACGAAUGCCCAGAAGCGCGAGGAUAGAAAGAGAAAGGCUGAAGCUGAAAGAGAGAGACGGAAGUUGCAGGCAGAAAGAAGGAAAAAACGCGUGAUUUCUUUGGGCUGAGAUCAUCCAGUGUUGCGUCCAGGAGGCAUCCGACCUAUUUUGGAGUAUGUUCGGUUUGAGCCAGCCACCAUAUUUGCUCCAUGGGACUUCGAUAGCUUUCAUCGUCCGCAUGCAAGACCUUGCGAUCCGUAGGAAAAAUGUGUGUUUAUCAUCGUUGCCGCACUCACCUCAGUUAUGUUCCCCGUCGGACACGCAGAAUUGCCUGGCCUCAUAAAUAUGCCCAAUCAGAGUAGGCAUCUUCGGAGGUACCCCAAAACGGCGCAGCGCCGCCAACAGAGCGUCGACGUUUAUAUAAUAACAUUUUUUUUGUCCAGUCCAGGGCGACAAAUGUAGUCUCACCAUCUUUCCUAGCGUGUGCGAGUUCGAUAUGACCACGCACUGCGUGAAUGGCAUCUGUUGUACUUCGCCCACGGCGGAAGCCGCAUUGAGUUUGCGUCAGCCGGUAUUCUGCCCCAGCCUGUUGUAGACGAUGCAGGUGAAGGUUGGCUAGGAGUUUGCAUGCACACAAAGCAAGUUAAUUGACCGAUAAUUUUUCACAGAUAUGGAUCGGGCCCUUGUUCUUGUAGAUCGUUCUCACCGCCCAUGUUGUAUUGCACCGAUCUGUAACCAAUUCCAAUCCACCAGGUGUCUGAGAGAUUGCCUUCCAAUACUCUGCGGGGAUGUCGUCUGGUCCUGCGGCCUUCCCCCAUUUGAGUUUUCGUACUGCUGCUCCCACUUCCUGCUGCGUGAAAGCCGACUCGUCGACGGGACGGGGUGGUUCCAAAGCUUCGUUAUCAGCCAAAUGUGCCGGCCGUACGUGCCAUUGAACUUGCUCUAAGUAGGUUGCCAUGGUAUCAGCUCGCUCACGGCUUGCAACCAAUUGCCCCUGCAGGUUUGGGAGCCUGCCUUGCUUAUGUUGCCAUGGUCUGCAGAAUCUCCGGACAUCG